AUGGCCACCCUUAUCCGCAACACCACCCUCUCUCGCAGCCGCAAAUACAAAUAUGAGCCUCUCACUUCACCUGCAUUUGCAAGUGGCAGUGGCAGAGAGAAAUUCUUAAAGUCUAUUAGCUACAGACGCAGAAGAGCCAAACAAAGGAAGAUCUUCCUCACUACCUACAAGUUAUCUUCUCUUGAUUCCUUUUCUCCACAACCCAACUCACGUAAGCUCAAAAGGGUAGCUCUCAAGCUCAAGAAAUUUGUAGCCUCCUUCUUGAAGCUCAUGCAAACUGCAGCUUUAUUUUACCUUCUUAAGCCUCACAUACCUUCCUACAACAUUGAUAGUAUUAAUGUAAAAGGUUUUGAUUUCCGAAAGAACAAUAAGAUAUAUUCUGAUAUUGCCGUUGUUGUGAAAGCGGAGAAUCCAAAUGAAGAGUUUGAGUUGGAUUAUUUGGAUAAUGAAGUUAGGUUAAUGUAUUCAGGGUCUCAACUUUGUGAGGGGGGGUUUCCUCCUUUCUUGCAACCGGGGAAGAACACAACCACGGUUAAUGUGGAAUUGAAGGGGGAGAGUGAUUUUGAUUCUGAAAUGCAACAUAACCUUAUGAAUGACCAGAAGGCAAAGAAUAUUCCUUUAUUAAUAACAGUGAAGCUUCCCAUAAGGGUUGUGGUUGAUGACAUGGUUCAUCUUAGGAAAUUUGUGGUUUAUGUGAAUUGUUCGUUGGUUAUUGAUCAGUUGGAACCCAACAAAACUCCUUCUAUUUUGAGCAAGGAUUUCACCUAUGAAAUUGAGUUUUAA